AUGUCCUCUUUUUUGUGUAUUAUCGUCAAGGUCUUCGUCGUUAAUGUUGUUUAUAACAUCGAUGCUGGAUGGGUUCUCUCCAAAAGUUCUCUCAUUGUCGCUACUGUGACUUGCGUUAAUAUAAUAGGAGUAAUUGCCCAUCCUCAAUCGGAGGACGACUUUGCUCUCCCACCUUCUCCUUCGACGACUUGGAGGCUUCGAGGACACUUCCUACCGCAUCACAGGAAACGUUUCGCAUUUGAUACAUCUUCUCUAACGCUCGUGGUGUCUGUCGCUGAUUAG